UGAACUUGGCCUGCAGGAACAUAAACCCAACGCGCUCAACCCUUCUUUUCCCCCAAAAAUGGAUUUCCCAUUCCUAAACCUUGGCCCGAUGGAGGAUGAGGCCGUGAGGAAGAAGAACAUGCCCCCGGAGCCCCAGGCAGACAAGGAGCUGAGGAUGGAGACCAGGGAGGACAAAUCCCUGCAGCAGAACCUUGUGGAAGAGGCUGUUUGGAGCAGCUCCAUUGCACAGGAAACCAGCGAGGAGGAAAAGCCCGGGAGAUCCCACAUGAGGAUGGGCUGCAAACACAGUUCUUGGGUAUCCGAGGAGGAGAACCAGGGCCAAAGAACCGGACAGAGCUGCAGCCAGAGCUCAGAGCUGGGGUUCCAUGAGCAUCUUCAUGAUGCGGAUAAGCCCCACAAGUGUUCAAAUUGUGGGAAGAGCUUCAGCAAGAGAUCCUCCCUGAUCUGGCACUGGAGAAUCCACAUGGGGGAACGGCCCUAUGAGUGUGGGGAGUGUGGAAAGAGCUUCAGUACGAGAUUCAAACUGAUCCGCCACCAGAUGAUCCACACUGGGGAGAGGCCCUAUGAAUGUGACAUACGCAGGAAGAGGUUUCAGACCAGCUCCAAUCUCGUCAUGCAUCAGCGGAUUCACACAGAAGAGAGGCCCUUCCGCUGCCCUGACUGUGGGAAGGGCUUCAAAUACAACUCCCGCCUUGUCUCCCACAGGCGCAUCCACACUGGGGAGAUGCCCUAUGAGUGUGGGCAGUGUGGGAAGUGCUUCAGGACAAGCUCUGAACUGAUUGUCCACCAAAGGAUCCACACAGGGGAACAGCCCUAUGAGUGUGAUAAAUGCAGCAAGAGGUUUCUGACCAGCUCCAGUCUCCUCCUGCACCAGCGCAUUCACAUAGAGGAGAGGCCCUUCUGCUGCCCCGACUACGGGAAGGGCUUCAGGCACAACUCCAACCUCGUCACCCACUGGCGCAUCCACACUGGGGAGAGGCCCUAUGAGUGUUCUGAGUGUGGGAAGAGCUUUUCACAGAGCUCUCACCUGACCAAACACCAAUGGAGGCACCACUAAGGGAAGCCCUGCAAAUCAAGUGCAGGAAGAGCUUCAUGUGCUGCUCCAGCUCCAUCCCCCGUGGCAGGAUCUGUGCUGGAUGAUGCCGAGUGACCCCUGGUGGGCAGAGCCCCGGUGAUCCAUGUUAGGAAGACACCUGGCUGGGCGGCUCUUCAUCCUCCUGGCUUCCCUUGAGCACCUGGACAUAUCCACAGAUCAACAUCAGAAAUCCAUUGUGAAGAGCACGUUUGUCGACUUCUGACCCGAGAAAAAUCUCACUCUUUGCAUCUUCUGGUGGCAUCAAGCAACACUGAAUGGCCUUGGAGGUCUUCUCCAAUAGAAAUCCAUCAUUUUAAUCCUUUCUGGCUCAUGGGCAUCUUCCACAGCCAAAUGGGAACAUAUUGGGGCAAACCCCACAAUUUUGGAGAUGGUGGGGUGGAAACCCCUUCAAAAAGGGUUCUUCCCACCCAGCCAAGCAUGUGGAUGCUUUGCCAGGAGGGA